CUCCCGCAUCGAAACGUCCCCCAAGCAGCCCUGCCCGGCUGCCCCUGCCGCGACGCAACUGGCAAGCAUCCAGCAUAGCAGCGACUCCCCCGCUCGCCGGCCAGCGGCCACCAGUUCCCUUUACAUCCACACACAACGCGCACCACACCACACCACCCGACGCCAACGUCCGGGACCAAACUCCGAUCCCCACCACUAUGCCGGCGGACGGGGAGGCGCUGGCGCCGGCCGUUCACUUCUGGGGCGAGCACCCGGCCACGGAGGCGGAGUUCUACUCGGCGCACGGCACGGAGGGCGAGUCCUCCUACUUCACCACGCCCGACGCGGGCGCCCGGCGGCUCUUCACGCGCGCGUGGAGGCCCCGCGCGCCCGAGCGGCCCAGGGCGCUCGUGUUCAUGGUCCACGGCUACGGCAACGACAUCAGCUGGACGUUCCAGUCCACGGCGGUCUUCCUCGCGCGGUCCGGGUUCGCCUGCUUCGCGGCCGACCUCCCGGGCCACGGCCGCUCCCACGGCCUCCGCGCCUUCGUGCCCGACCUCGACGCCGCCGUCGCUGACCUCCUCGCCUUCUUCCGCGCCGUCAGGGCGAGGGAGGAGCACGCGGGCCUGCCCUGCUUCCUGUUCGGGGAGUCCAUGGGCGGGGCCAUCUGCCUGCUCAUCCACCUCCGCACACGGCCGGAGGAGUGGGCGGGGGCGGUCCUCGUCGCUCCCAUGUGCAGGAUCUCCGACCGGAUCCGCCCGCCGUGGCCGCUGCCGGAGAUUCUCACCUUCGUCGCGCGCUUCGCGCCCACGGCGGCCAUCGUGCCCACCGCCGACCUCAUCGAGAAGUCCGUCAAGGUGCCCGCCAAGCGCAUCGUUGCAGCGCGCAACCCUGUGCGCUACAACGGCCGUCCCAGGCUCGGCACCGUCGUCGAGCUGUUGCGUGCCACCGACGAGCUGGCCAAGCGCCUCGGCGAAGUCAGCAUCCCGUUCCUUGUCGUGCACGGCAGCACCGACGAGGUUACCGACCCGGAAGUCAGCCGCGCCCUGUACGCCGCCGCCGCCAGCAAGGAUAAGACUAUCAAGAUAUACGACGGGAUGCUCCACUCCUUGCUAUUUGGGGAACCGGACGAGAACAUCGAGCGUGUCCGUGGGGACAUCCUGGCCUGGCUCAAUGAGAGAUGCACAGCCCAGGCAACUCACCGUAACAUACCUGUCGAAUAAGCAUUCGGAUGCAUGGAUACACAAGAAAAAUGUUUCAUGUACAACGAUUGUUAUAUAUGCUAUACUCAGUAUUUGACUGUAAACUGUUCGGUCAGGUUUAGUGGCUUGGAUAUACAAAAUGUUGGUUGCCUCAUCAGUGU